AUGAGUUUCAAAGGGCUCUUAGCUGGCAUCUCCAAGACCACCAAACGCCUCUCAUUGAAGAUCCUCACCCGGUCCAAGCGCAGAAAUCUCUACCAAAGUCUCCUCUUUGAAUGUGAUGCUCUUCAACGAGAGGCCGAAGUUUUGAUCGAGCAAUGUCGUCUCAAGCUGACUCAGCCCGAAUUUAACGAAUGGAACACUGUUCUCGAUGUGUUGAAGGCAGAAAGAAAGAAACUGAUUCCUUUCUCCGGAUAUGGAUCGAGGUCGUCAGCCGAACUUGCUGGCAUCUCUACGGCAGAGAGUUUCAAGUGCGAUGUCACUACUUUCAAUCAAAAUUCACAUGAGCUUGCACGUCGUUGUGAGAGUCGAAGAGGUCGUCAUAUCGAGAUGUCUGGUGAGGAUAUUGGUAUCGAGGGUGAACAAGAACUACAGCAGGUGGAGGAUAAUUCCGACUUUCACAUUUCCAAUCUGGCCGUAUCAGAGAAGGAGAAAUUACGUUCGCGAAGCGCCCCGGUCAAGACUUCGGUCGCCUUUGACCUCAAGGACCAAGAAAGACGAUGUGAGGCAGUUCUGGCUACACGUAUGAUUGUUCACACUCCCGAGAAUGCGCUAGGCUUGCACUUCAACGGAGGGCCCGAUCGUUUGCAGCACAGUGCAGUCUACUCAUCAAAUCGAACAAUCAGUCUCAUCGUAGAAUACAGCGAAGAUCAGAAUUGUAAGAACCAGUUGGGAAUGAGUACUUGUACAACACUUGUUGUCUCGACCAUCACUAUGGCAUUCGGGUACAUACCAGCAUUGUUCACCGCUUCUACUCUGGUCGUCAGGCUUAGACCAAGGAGCUCGUUGAAAAUAGAUUACCAGAGCCGCCUUUAUGAAGGCGACGCCAACCUAAGUGAAGCCUCCGUACAUUACGCUGAGAUUCAAGACACUAUCAACAAUCAGCGAGAAAGAAUUGGAUGGAGAGCACAGUUCGAUAGGCUGCGCAUAGAGCGAGGCCAGCUCGCGAUGGACGUUUUCACUUACAGGUCCGCCAGGGCCCAAGCUGAUGCACUCGCUCGUGCAGAGCGUUAUAGGACCAAUGCAAAGGAGCUGAAUAGCACUGUCACAGAGGCGUACCACCUUGCUCUCGCGUCCACAGCCGGUAAAUCCACUCCCGUGGCGAGUUCCACGAGCCACAUAUUCAACCACCAUGACGGGCCCCGUAUCUUGUCUGUGUACACGAAUAAUUCCCUGGACGUUUGGGCUCACAUGGAGAAACCAGACACAAAUGCCGUUCACAGGGUACCUACAUCCAAGCUCACAAACUCUAUCAUCCCUGAAUGCGAUGGUUACACAGAAUCACCAGAGCCGUUAACAUAUCCCGGAUACGAUAUCCCAAGAGCAGUCGGCGCUUUGACUGCGGCCGCGGCGGCCAACCCGAUGAACUUCUGUAUCUUGACGAUACCCCGGCACGCACCGUCGAACCUCGACGCUUCGCUCUGCGAGACACAUCUUUCGACCGACACGCAGAAUGCCGGGAGGCCCCCAGGCUCCGACGGGCGGAUGCACAAGGUCUUGCUCGUUAUUUGGAUUAACCUCCCUUCGCACAGUAUUCACCUCCCCACGCGGAAAGUCCAGCGGGGAGAAAAAAUGAAGGAAAAUAUGGAUGAUGCUAUCAAGGAGGCCUUCGGCGACCGCAUUGAGAAGAUAGAUUUGACCGACCUCCGGCAAGAAGGCCGACUUACCUCGUUCGGGAGUAUAAUGGGACAAUGUUUGAUCAACUUCUUUCUCAACAGUGGCAAGCCCACACGUCCUUCGUUUGUCCAGACCGCCGCCCGCAGAUACACAAAGCUUGUGGAAUACGUCUUCUGGAAGAAUAAAAGGAGGACGACAUUCGACCAAAGUCACCCACCACUCACGUAUGCGCCAGCCACGAUUUGA